CAAAAUUUCACAACACGAUGCAAUCAUAAUACUGCUUUUAUACCUUGUUAAAGUUUGAAUGCUACAAGGGUGUUUUCAAUCUCAUAAACUAGAAGCUGGUUUGGAAAGUGUCAAAACUGCUUGGAUACCUGUUGUUAUUCGUCGUAUCCAAGUUCAAAGUAUCGAUAGUCAGUUGGUCAAACGGUCGGUCGAUGAGUAAAUCGGUCGAUGAGUAACUCAGUCGAUCAGUUUUCAUAUUUGGCGACUGGUGGAUAUUAUUGUACAGCAAUUUUAAACAGGCUCGUACUUUUUUGAAAAAAUAUAAAACAUGGAGAAAAUUAGAUUUGGCUGCAAACAAGAUAUUGAAAUGGGAGCAAACUUGCUGGCUGAGAAUAAAACACAAGAGAAGUUAACUGUUUUGGGUACAGGAGACUUUGGUCGUGCCCUAACAAAACGACUCUCAACGGCUGGUUAUCACGUCGUUAUGGGAAGUCGAAAUCCUGAGAAAUGUCGAGGGUUGUUGCAUCUUUUACCGUUUAAUAUUGUAUCCUUGAACGAUGCUUUGGAACACUCUGACAUCAUUUUUCUUGCCAUUCCUUUACAUGGAUAUGACAGUUUAUCCACAUCAUUGGGGAGCCAACUAAAUGGAAAGAUUGUUGUUGACGUUAGCAAUCGAACCCAGACCUCUUUCAACGAGCUAUCUAAUGCUGAGUACUUAUCAAGUCUACUACCUAAAGCUCACGUUGUGAAAGGCUUCAAUGUGAUAUCUGCAUGGGCACUCGAACAAGAUAUUUAUGGAGGAAGCCGGAUUGUUUACAUUUGCGGAGAUAAUGCUGAAGCAAAAGAAAAGGUUAUGCAAAUAUCUCGAACGAUGCAUCUCACCCCUUUUGAUCAAGGAUCACUACAGCUCGCCCAAGCUAUCGAAAAUAAGCCACUGGAGCUAUUUCCUAGUUGGCGUUCAGCAUUGAUGAUGUUUGGAAUUUUGUAUCUUGUUAUGUGGUUAUACUAUGUCCUUAAGCGAGUUAUUUUAAAAAUGUCGUUCACUAAUUUUCCUCUCAGAGACAUCAGUUUACUCAAUGCAUUCACUGUUAUUGGACUUUUAGACAUGGUUUAUCUCCCAGGAUGCAUUGCGGCUAUCUUCCAGUUGGUGUACGGUACCAAAUAUCGUCGUUUUCCAAAAUGGCUUGACAUUUGGAUGAAAUCUCGUAAACAACUUGGUUUGCUGGCAUUGUUACUGGCUGCAAUGCACGGUUGUAUGUCAACACUUUAUUGGGGUCCUAAAUAUUCCCCUCUUGUUUAUCAAGAUAAAUCUAUUCACGUCAACAACGUAACAAUUUCCCUUUAUGGAAGAAUGACUGCACAAGGAGAAGCGUUCUUGACCCUUGGAGUCCUGGGACUGUCAGCGUUGUCUAUUUUGGGUAUCACGUCACUUCCUACUGUCCUCAAUCGCAUGAGUUGGAGAGAGUGGAAUUUUGUUCAAUCUGGUCUUGGUUAUUUUUCUCUGAUAUUUUCUCUUCUUCAUUUUAUAAUCUACUACUACACAGCAUUUCAAACAUGGGGUACAGAGGUUUUAUAUUACCCUACGGUCUGGGUUGUAGGAAUUGGCUGUUUUGUUGUCAUAUUGAAGAUUGUCCUUCUCAUUCCAUAUCUCGAUAAUCGUGUGAAGAAAAUCCGCUCGGGAUGGGAGAAAGCAACUUACGUAACCUGAACAUUACAAAAUCAUCACUUUCUUUACAAUUUUUUUUAUUUAAAGGUAAUACAAUCACAUACGCAUGAUUUAUUAUAAUCUUACUUUGUCAAAUGAGUUUUGUUAUCGAAGAAAAUGAUCUGACCAUAUUUUACAAAUAUUAACGAUUUUACAAUUGAUAAUGGUUUCAUGUAAUCAAGUAUUGCUUGAAGAUAAACUAUAACUAACUAUAUUCAUAACAAUAAAGGGGCAAGGAAAUAAUUCAAGCAAAAA